UUCUUCUCUCUUGUCACAUACUGAUAUAAGUUUGAUAAUCUUAAGAAUACAGAUUCAAGAUUUCUCUCUUCUUGGAGACGAACUUUCGAAUUUUGAGUUAUUUAGCAUAGCAUUAAUGGCAUGUGAAUGUGAGAGCCAAAUUUUCAGCCUCAGUGGGCCCACAUUUCUCACCGCCGUUGAUUGGAGCAACUCCCACCACAGAAGAUCCGUGGCGGCGAGCUUGGUCCAGGGAGUUUACACCCUGGAGGAAGACAGGCAUCGGAACCGGCAAGGUUCCGAUGCCCUGGCUCCUCCAUGGUGGCUCUCCUUCAACUUCCGGCUCGUCCAAAUCCUCGUCGACAGCCACGACGUCUCCCAUUUCGGCGCGGUCUUCGAGUUCGUUAACUACCCGUACUACCACCAGGCCCCGGCCGGGCAGCGGCAGCCGCAGUACGUGGUCGCGUUCCGCGGCACGAUCCCGAAAGCCGGGAACCGGAAGGAGGACUUCAAGCUGGACAUCCACCUGGCGGUCAACAACCUCCAGAAGAGCAGCCGCUUCCAGACAGGUCUGGAAGCCGCCAGCCAGGCAGUCCGGUACGGGACUGUCUGGCUGGCAGGCCACUCCCUGGGGUCCUCCCUGGCACUGGUUGUCGGGCGGGAGAUGGCGAAGAGCUACGGGGUGCAUCUUGAGACGUACUUGUUUAACCCGCCCUUCGUUUCUCCGCCCAUCGAGCGGAUCAAGAGCGACAAGGUGAAACUCGGGCUAAGGCUCGCAGGCAGUCUGGUGACUGCCGGCGUUGCUGUUGUUGCUGGUGCUGUUGCUGGUGCUGGUGCUGGUGCUAGAGACAUCGACCCUUUUGUAGCGCUGUCGACGUGGGUCCCGUAUUUGUUUAUUAACCGAUCGGAUCCGAUAUGCUCGGAAUAUGCGGGGUAUUUUAAGCAUAGGGAGGAUAUGGAGGCGAUCGGGGCUGGGAGGAUUGGGAAGGUUGCUACUAAGAAUUCGAUCGGGAGCAUUUUGUCGUCGCGGGAAGCGUUGCACCUUCUUCCCUCGGCUUAUCUGACCAUCAACGGCGCGGCGGCGGCGAGUGUUAGGGAGGCGCAUGGGAUUUGCCAAUGGUGGAGACAUGACUUGGAGUUGGAAUACAAGUAUUACCAACACAACUAGUUUUUUCUUUUCAUUUUUCUUCGGUCCACAUUGCCCAACCACCACUUUUCUAUUGUUUUUUUUUUUGCGUGAUUUAAUGUUGUCGAACAUUAGUUAUGUCCACAUUUACUGUUGAAAUCUAUUAUGAAGAAAAUUGGUUGGUAGGA